AAUAUAAAAGUAUAUAAAAAUGUAUUGCAAACACAGUUUGGUAGAAUUUUGGAGAAAUGCCUUUCCUUAUCAAGACCUACAUAAGAUGAAACGACACUUAUAUGAUAUCCCAUAUUACUAGUACUACUGAUAACCGAGAUUUACGAAUAUCUUUCGAUAACAAUCUAUGGUCCCUCACAUCAAAUAAUGUUAGUUCGUUUUACUCGGCUACUGAGUUAACAUUCUUAAAGUGCGCGUGGCGUCUGAAUUUCCAAAAUGAGUGUCGACGUACAGGGAAAGAAGUACACAUCGCCAAAUGGCUCGAAGACUUGGGAAUACUUGGCCAUUUCAACAUGUUCUAUCAUGAGCGGUUGCAUGGGAUUCGUCAUAGGAUGGAAUUCACCAAGCAUCGUGAUACUAAUGUCCGAAGACUCACCUAUCCCAGUCACAGCGUCAUCCAUUUCCACGUUGGUGGCCAUCGUAGCUUUUGGACACAUGUUAGCACCGCUAAUUAAUACUUUGAUCGUUGAUAAAUUCGGCAGGAAAAAUACCCUGUUACUUAGCGGUUUGCCGGUCAUAGUCAGUUGGAGUUUAAUCAUCAUCGCUUCGUCCAUUUGGGAACUGUACGUGGCGAGAUUUCUGGCAGGCAUAUCGCUAGGAUUAUUCAUCUGCGUCUUCCCGAUGUACAUAGGCGAGAUAUCGUCGCCAGAGACACGAGGCAUCGGAGGCUCCGUGACGACCAUCAUUUACAACAUCGGCAUCUUCCUAACAUUCGCGAUCGCUCCCUAUCUCUCAUUAUCCUCGAUGGCUGGAGCUUUCCUCGCCGUCAGCGUCGCUUUCGUGAUCACGUUCUGGUUCAUGCCGGAGUCGCCGUACUUCCUGGCAAUGAGCAAUCGAACAGACGAGGCGGAAGAGGUGCUGGAGAAACUACGGGGCAAAACGGACGUUUCCGAGGAGCUGCAGGCGAUCGUCGACUCUCUGUCGAGGAGGGUGAAAGAAUCGGCGAAGAGCAAAGGCCUGAGGGACAUGUUCGCGUCGAGGGCGAACUUAAAGGCGAUCCUCAGCAUAGCGAUGUUCUCCACGAUCCAGUAUUUCGGUGGUUUCUUCACCAUACAGGCGUACGGCCAGUUAAUAUUUAAAUCGAUCAGCAACGUAAUGUCCGACUACGAGAUAAACGUCGUAAUCGGCGUGACGCAAGUGAUCUCAAUUCUCGUCACCGUAUUGCUGGUCGACAAAUUUGGCCGGAAGCCGCUGAUACUCGUCGCUGGUGUCAGCAUCUCGAUUUGCAAUCUCGCGAUCGGCCUCUACUUCUUCGCCGGGGAAUACAUGCACGAGGACGUACACUCGCUUUCGUGGAUACCGUUCGUGGCGUCCGUCGUGCUGGUGUUCAUGUUUAAUUCCGGUAUACUGUGCCUGCAGGUGAUCUUAAUGUCGGAGAUCUUCGCGACGGAGAUCAAGGCGGUCAGCACGUGCGCCGUUAGUAUGAUCGCCGGGUUUUUGGCUACGUUGGGAACGAAGCUUUACAUAUGGGUAGCGAUCACAUUGGGCUACGGCCAUUCGCUUCCGUUUCUCUUCUACUCCGCGGUCGUGGCGACUUGCACGGCGAUCAUCUUACGCGUUACGCCGGAAACCAGAGGCAAAACGUUCGCGGAGAUUCAGCUGGAAUUGAAGAAAUGAUUAAAUGAUUCUUACAGUACAAUAUUGACUGGCAUGGAAUUGUACUUACGAAUUGAAGACAAUGAAACCGAUCAAAGGAGAGGAAAGUAAUUAUUUCUCGCUGGGCUCUGUGUUUUCACGAGAAGCGAGGAAGUGCAGAGAACAGAAAUGACACCGAAGAAAUCUCUGAAAAUUAGAAAAGAGAAUAGUUUCUUAUUGAUGAAAAAAUUUUGCAUAUCAUAGAAAUUUCAUACUUACAUCGACGAUAUGCGCAUGAACGCAUUUAUUCUUCAACACGUUACUACACGUGACAUUUUAUUAUGUUAUAUAUUGUUAUAUAUUAUACUAAAUACGACCUUCUUAAACAAAAAACUUAAGUUCACAAGAAAUUAAAACUUCGAUCUGUUGGGCAGAA